AUGUGCUCUUACAGAGAGCUAACUUAUCAAUAAUGUCCUCCUAAUGUUUACACAUAGAUGUCUAAAAGUUUGCUUUACGUUGAUUUGUACUUUGUUAGAUCAGUCUUUAAGUUUAAUCUUUUGACUCCCUCACACUAUUUCAACAUAUCUAAAUCAAAUUAUGAGAACUGCUUAGGGAAUAAUUUCACUGAGCCAUUUGAUCCCAGGUGCAGAUAGUGGUAUAUUUUUUCAAAAUAGAAUAAAGGUUAUUUUUUUUAUGAGCCUUAUUCUGACGCGUUUGAAGGGACUUUAACAAUGACUCUCUCGAGUUAGAUAAAUAAAAAUGGAUAAUUUUAAUCAGUCAAUAGUAUAGAUUUUAAUAUGAAAAUGAUAAUAGAUUAUAUUAGUAGAUUUAAAAGUGAUAACCAAUACUCAGUUUUAUUUCAUGAAUUUAAUAACACAGUAAAUAAAUAAAAUGAAUACCAUUUUUAUCUAUUAAGGUCAAUUUUUUUUAACUUAAAAAUAGUUGUUCUAUCACCAUGA